AUGUCUGCCAACGGACCGCGCCCAGGAUUUCUGGGCAAUUUGUCGCAGGACCAAGAAACCAAGCUGCAGCAGCUCUGGAGGGUUCUGCUCAAGGCCACCGAGCUCCCCGCAGGCGACAGCGCUCCCGCCGCCGGCGCAGAGGACGCCGCCAGCACGACCGAGCCGCCGCAGCGACGGCUCUCGCGAAUCAGUCGCACCCAAAGCAACCUUUCCGAGAAGAACAGCCCGACCGCACAGUCCGCAUACCAGCAACGGGUCCUGGCAGUUCUGAAGGAGUUUGGCAUCCAGAAUGCUGAAACCAAGGCCGUCCAAAAGGCUCUCUCCGCGAUCACGCCCACGGAGCUGCGACAGGGAGUGCUUAAUCUACUCAAGCAUGACCACCCAGAUUCGAUGCUACUUCGCUUUCUUCGGGCUCGGAAAUGGGACAUCUCAAAGUCAUUUGUCAUGAUGAUGGAUGCAACUGUGUGGCGCGUCAAGGAGAUGCACGUCGACGAUGAUGUGAUGGCCAAGGGUGAACUCCACGCUCUCAAGCAGACCGAAAACACGUCCAAUCCCAGUGAGAAGAAGGCAGGCACCGACUUUCUUUCCCAGAUGCGCAUGGGCAAGGCCUACGUGCAUGGUACCGAUAAACUCGGCCGACCGAUCGUUGUGAUCAGAGUUCGUCUGCACAAGCCCGGUGCGCAGUCCGAGGAAGCCCUCGAGCGCUAUAUUGUCCAUGUCAUCGAAUCCGUGCGACUGACAUUGUCCCCUCCGGUCGAGACCGCGUGCGUUCUCUUCGACAUGACUGGGUUCGGCUUGGGGAACAUGGAAUACCCACCAGUGAAAUUCAUUCUGAAGUGCUUUGAGGCCAACUACCCUGAAUCUCUGGGAAUCAUGCUCAUCCACAACGCACCGUGGAUCUUCUCAGGUAUCUGGAAAAUUAUUCGAGGAUGGAUGGAUCCCGACAUCGCGGCGAAGGUCGAUUUCACGAACAAUGUGAACGAUCUGGCCAAGCACAUUGAACGAGAUCACAUUGUCAAGGAAGUUGGCGGCAACGAAGAUUGGGAAUACAAAUAUAUCGAGCCCAGUCCGGAGGAAAACGAGAAGAUGAACGAUACUACCACUCGUGAUGCGCUGAUAUCCGAACGGCAACAGAUUGGAGAAGAAUUCCUUACCGCAACUUCCACAUGGGUAGAGGCCGCCAAAUCCAAGAAUUCUGACGAGGUUAAGAACGCUGCGAGCCAGAGAGCUUUCCUAGCGGAGCGGCUACGCGUCAACCACUGGAAGUUGGAUCCCUACACUCGAGCUCGCCUCUGCUUGGACCGCGAGGGCGUCAUUCAAGAGGGUGGAAAGAUUGACUACUACCCCAAGGGAGACGACAAAGAGGCCAACGGAGAGGCCGGUGUAGAGAGCAAAACCUUGGAGGUGCAACAUCUAGAAAGCCUCAAUGGGAAUGCGACGGAGGCCCCUGCUUCUUAG